CCCCAAGAUGCCGCUGUGUUAAAGUGCCUAUCCCCACUCUUACGAGAAGCAAGUCGCGUAAUUAAUUGUAUAAACACUCUUUCCUUGCCGCGCCGCCGCCUUUUUAUUCUUUCCGACGGGCGGAUGAAGGAUCUCACUCAAUGCGGACUUUGUGUAAAGUACAUUCAAUCAAUUGUGUUGGGUCUCGCUUGUUACGCCCACUUUGAAGCUUGGCAAUAUCACUACUGUUCACAACGGUCAUCCUGUAUACUAGAAUAUCUUGCAGCUAUAUCCGAAUAUCCGAUGCACCUUAAUCUAAAAUUAAAUCACAACAGAGAGAAAGAGCAAAUCUCAUAAACAAUGACACAGCAUCCCAGAAGAGAAAUGAAGAUAUUGAAUGGUAAUGGUAUAUAGUGUUCGGAAUAUUGCUUC